UGGCCACCAAGUGUCCCUCUCAAGUCUCAUCCCCUAUAAAUACUGUUUAUGCUUCAUCAACGCCCACAAGAACACAAGUUUUAUAGCUUACGUCGGUCAUUCAAUCAAUUCUUUAUCGGACAAAUGGCUAGCGCUAAGCGUAUCUCAUCUUUCAUCGUUGAUCAACUCUCUGGUGUUGCCAGACGCGGAUUUGCAACAGGGAGACAGGGGAGCGUGAAUGGUGGCGUGAAGGUAAGUGGAGGUGCUAUGAUGAAAAAAGCAGCAGGUGAGGAAUCGAAGAAAUCGAGUUCAUGGGUUCCGGAUCCAAUAACGGGUUACUACAAGCCAGAGGGCCAAAUAAACCCGGUUGAUGCUACUGAGCUCCGUGAACUACCGUUGAAACUGAAAAACCGUCGGAACUAAAAGUUUUAUUGAGAAAUUGAUCUUGAUAUCAAUAUAUGAAGAUGAAUGAAGCUGAUUAGUCUUGUUCACUAGAUAAAGAGCAUACAUGUGUGUGUAGUUCAAAAGUUCUUUAUGAUUUAUGAUUAAAUAACAUUACUAUUUUAGGAAGAUUUUUAAUGUCACUAAAUUUUAACAGUAAA